UGGGACAGGAAGCUGAGUGACGUGACGUGGCUGGGGUAGGCCUGCCUGGGGGCUGACGCCACUAUUUCAGGAGCCUCCAGCGGGGAGCAAGGUGGUCGUGCAGUGGCUCCUUGCAGGACUCCAGUGUCCAGAGCCCCAGCGCUGCCUGUGUCCGCGGCUCCAUGGGCGCCCGGCUGCUCCUCCAAGGCAUCCUCUUCCUGUUGCUGCCCCGACCGGCCCCCGCCCCCUGCUACACAGCUGCGCCAUCAGAAUGCAAGCAAAGCCAGGAUUUCGUGCCCGGCGCAUGGCUGGCUGGGGAAGGUGUGGACGUGACCAGCCUCCGCCGCUCCGGCUCCUUCCCGGUGGACACGCACAGGUUCCUGCGGCCCGAUGGCACCUGCACCCUCUGUAAAAACGCCCUGCAGAAGGGUGCCCUGCAGCGCCUGCCCCUGGCGCUCACCCACUGGCGUGGGCAGGGCUCCGGCUGCAGGCGCCAUGUAGCCAGGGCCAAAAUCAGCUCCACUGAGGAGGUGGCCCGGAAGGCAGCCGCCAGCAUCAGCAAUGACUGGCAGGUGGGGCUGGACGUGACUCCCAAGCCCGGCAGCAACGUGCACGUGUCCGUGGCCGGCUCACACUCCAAGGCAGCAGACUUCGCAGCCCAAAAGACCCACCAGGACCAGUACAGCUUCAGCAUGGACACCGUGGAGUGUCGCCUGUACAGUUUCCACGUGGUGCACAACCCCCCGCUGCACCCCGAUUUCAAGCGGGCCCUUGGGAGCCUGCCCCCCAACCUCAACACCUCCACCGAGCCGGAGUUCCUCAGGUUCAUCUCCAACUAUGGCACCCACUUCAUCCGGGCUGUGGAGCUGGGUGGCCGCGUCUCAGCCCUCACGGCCCUGCGCACCUGUGAGCUGGCCCUGGACGGGCUCACGGCCGACGAGGUGGGGGACUGCCUGGCUGUGGAGGCCCAGGUGAGCAUCGGCGGCCAUGCUGACUCCUCAUCCAAACUCAAGGCCUGCGAGGACAAGAAGCAGCAGCACAAGAUGGUCACCUCCUUCCACCAGGCCUACCGUGAGCGCCACUCCGAGGUGGUGGGCGGCCGCCACACCUCGGUGCGUGACCUGCUGUUCGGGAACCAGGCUGGGCCCGAGCAGUACUCGGCCUGGGUGGCUUCGCUGCCCAACAGCCCCGGCCUGGUGGACUACAGCCUGGAGCCCCUGCACUUCCUGGUGGAGAGCCAGGACCCUCGGCGGGAGGCGCUGAGGCAGGCCGUGAGCAGGUACCUGAUGGGCAGGGCACGCUGGAGGGACUGCAGCCGACCAUGUCCGGCUGGGCAGCAGAAAAGCCCCCAUGACCCGUGCCAGUGCGUGUGCCACGGCUCGGCAGUCACCAACCAGGACUGCUGUCCACGCCAGAGGGGCCUGGCCCGGCUGGAGGUGACCAUCAUCCAAGCGUGGGAUCUGUGGGGAGACUGGAUAAGUGCCACGGAUGCCUAUGUGAAGGUCUUCUUUGGUGGCCAGGAGCUGAGGACCGGCACCGUGUGGAACAGUAACCACCCCAGGUGGAUGACUCGGCUGGACUUCGGGGAUGUGCUUCUGCCCACGGGGGGCCCCCUGAGGGUGCAGGUUUGGGAUGCAGACAACGGCUGGGAUGACGACCUCCUGGGCUCUUGUGACGUGUCUCCGAAGUCUGGCUCCCAUGAGGAGAAAUGCCACAUGAACCACGGUCACCUGCAAUUCCUCUACAAGGCCAGGUGCUUGCCCCACCUGGCGGGGGGAACCUGCCUGGAUUAUGCCCCUCAGGGGCUUUUGGGGGAGCCGCCAGGGAACCGCAGCGGGGCCGUGUGGUGAGAACAGUGAGCUUGGAGACCGGGAGGCUUGGACGGAAGGCGUUCCCACCGUGGGAGUGGGGCCCAGCCCCCUGUCCCCCUUAGACUGGUGGGAAACUGAGGUUCAGGCUCCAUCACUGAGGUGGCUGAGUUUUCAGGUCAACCCUGAGGCCCUGUCCUAACUGCCGCAGCCCCCCAUCAUCCCAAGCCUGGCAGUCACUGCCGCACAGACGACAGCUCCAGCCAGGGCCCGGGCAGGAGGCCAGGAGACUGUCCCGCCAGGCUGCUUAGAGCCCCUCUUUCGAGACCCCCUUGCAGCCAAUUCUUUUUUUAUUUUUUGGUACCGGCGAUUGAACUCAGGGGUGCUUUACCCCUGAGCUGCAUCCCCAGUCCUUUUUUCUUUUGAGAUGGGGUCUGUAAACUUGCUCAGGGUCUUGCUAGGUUGUCGAGGCCGGUCUCAAACCAGUGACCCUCCUGCCUCAGCCUCCCAAGUCACUGGGGUUACAAGCAUGCACCACCACACUGGUUUCUUGCAGCCUUUUCUGGUGUGGAAAAAUCUUUGUAGUGGAUCUACCGCCUUCUGUCCAGUUGCUCUCUUUGCUCUUGUUCUCCUUGCUUUGUCUCUAAGACAAAUAAAGGACUGUCACACCUA